AUGGCAGCAGCAAAAGCAACAACAACAGCAGCAGCAACAACAACAGCUGCAGCAGCAAUGACAGCUACAGUUACAGCAACAGCAACAACAAUUAACAGCAGCAACAACAACAACAGCAAAAAUAACAACAGUAGCAGCAGCAAAAAUAACAGCAGCAACAAUAACAGCAAUAACAAUAACAGCAAAGAUGACAACAAAAACAACAGCAGCAGCAAUUUCAAUAACAACAUAAACAACAACAGCAGUAGCAACAACAGCAUCAGCAACAACAACAGCAGCAGCAGAUUCAACAGCAGCAGCAGCAGCAGAUACAACAGCAGCAGCAGUAUCAACAACAACAACAACAGCAGCAGCAACAGCAACAUCAACAAUAACAAAAGCAACAGCAGCAGCAGCAGAUACAACAGCAGUAGCAGUAUCAACAACAGCAGAAGCAGCAGUAACAGCAACAACAACAACAGCAGCAGCAGUAUCAACAACAACAGCAGCAGCAUCAACAACAACAACAGCAGCAGCAGCAUCAACAACAACAGCAGCAUCAACAACAAUAACAACAGCAGCAGCAGUAUCAACAACAACAGCAGCAGCAUCAACAACAGCAAUAACAACAGCAACAAUAGCAGCAGCAGAUACAACAGCAGCAGCAGCAGAUACAACAGCAGCAGUAUCAACAACAACAGCAGCAUCAACAACAAUAAAACAGCAACAACAACAGGAACAACAGCAGCAGCAGAUACAACAACAACAGCAGCAGCAGUAACAAUAACAACAGCAGCAGCAACAACUAGAAAUAGUGCUCCUGUUUUUUAUAAUUAUACAUGUAAUCUGAAUUUCUUGUUUUAA